AUGAUUUCGACAUUAACUAAAAGAGUUCUGCUCCUGCCCAAGGUCUUGCAUAAUCAGAAACGGCAUAUACUAAUAAAUCCUGACCUACGAGCAAAAUUAACCGAAUCUCAAAAUCAUCCUGUAGUUGUGAUUGGAGGUGGACACGCAGGUUGUGAAGCAGCAACAGGAUCAGCAAGAUCAGGGACACCAACUACCUUGAUAACACCAGAAAUUAGCAAAAUAGGGACGGCUUCGUGCAAUCCAUCAAUGGGAGGUGUUGGAAAGGGCACUUUGCUACGUGAGGUUGAUGCACUUGAUGGAGUGAGUGCCAAGAUCACAGACAAGGCAGGAAUACAUUUUCGUAUAUUGAAUGCUUCAAAAGGCCCGGCAGUGCAUGGACCUAGGGCUCAGAUUGACAGAAAGAUCUACUUGAAUGAAAUGCAGAGAGAAAUUUGCAAUUAUCAAAAUUUACAACUCAUUGAAGCUCAAGUGAAGGAUAUAAUAAUAGAGCCGACAAAUGCUGAGGAUUACGACGGACGUGCAUUUGGAACUGUAAAAGGAGUAAUAUUAGAAGAUGGACGAAUUUUGAGAUGUGAUAAAAUCGUCGUCACCACAGGAACGUUUUUGGGAGGUGAAAUUCAUAUUGGCCUCAAGGCAUUUCCAUCGGGUAGAAUGGGUGAGAAAGCAACGUUUGGAUUAUCGAAAACUUUUAGACAAGCCGGAUUUAGGUUGGGGAGGUUGAAAACGGGGACACCUGCUAGAUUAUCUGCCAAGACAAUCGACUUCAGCAAUUUGAUUGAACAGCCAUCCGAUUUCCCACCCCAGCCCAUGUCAUAUUUGAAUGACCGUGUCGAUCUUGAGGAUAGCUUGGUAAAGUGUUAUCAAACACAAACAACUCCCGAGUUCCACAAAGUGAUUUCUAACAACUUGGAUAAAUCUAUUCACAUUAGAGAAACAGUCAAAGGUCCACGGUACUGCCCAAGCAUUGAGUCUAAAGUGAUCAAGUUUCCACAAAAGCAGUCACACGUAGUUUGGCUUGAACCUGAAGGUUUGGAUACUGAUCUUAUAUACCCGAACGGGAUAUCGUGCACAAUGCCAGAGGACAUACAAGAACAAAUUGUUAAACUUAUGCCAGGCUGUGAAAAUGUCAAAAUGAUGCAGCCAGGAUAUGGUGUUGAGUAUGAUUAUGUUGACCCUAGAGAACUUAAAAUCACCCUUGAGACGAAAUUAGUUGAGGGGUUGUACUUGGCUGGUCAAAUUAACGGUACAACCGGAUAUGAGGAAGCUGCCGCUCAAGGAUGUGUUGCCGGUAUCAAUGCAGGACUUUCGUAUGCGCAGAAGCCGUUAUUGGAGAUGAAGAGAUCCGAUGGAUAUAUUGGUGUAUUAAUUGAUGAUUUGAUAACAAAGGGAGUUGAGGAACCGUAUAGAAUGUUCACAUCUAGAUCAGAGUUUAGAGUUUCAAUUCGUUCUGACAAUGCAGACAAACGAUUAACCGAGUUGGGGUACAGUUUGGGUGUUGUUGGAAAUGAAAGAUAUCAAUAUUUCAAAAAUGAAGUUCAGCAAUUCAAUGAGAUCAAAAAUCAUUUGAAAAGUCUUCGACUUUCGGGAAGGACUUGGGCACCUGCAUUAUCAGGAGCAGUCACUGACUUGCGAUCGAGCAACAAGGUUGAUGGGUGGAAGCUACUUUCAUACAAAGGAGUUUCAAUCAAGGACGUGCUUCCGCAUUUGGAUACCUUCACAGGUGGAAAUGUCCCCUCAUUUUAUGAAAACUUGACUAACAGAUUGCUCAAUCGUAUUGAUGUUGAAAGUGACUACGAACCAUUCAUGUCAAAAGAGAAGGCUCACUUGAGUGCCUAUGCAGCGGAUGAGAAUUUACUUUUACCUGCCAAUUUUAAUUACUCCAAUACCGGCAACCUAAAAAUCUCCUAUGAAGCUUGCUCGAUUUUGAAUACAAUUCAACCAAAGACCAUUGGCCAAGCGCGUCGAAUACAAGGAAUUACACCAACUACCAUUUUCGAACUAUUGAAACUUGUAAGAGGUAAUCAAAAGCAGUAUGCUGCUGCCCAAUAG